AUGGCACCCUUGACGGCAAUCCACCGCAGCGCCGUCCCUCCCUCGGGCGCAUCCAUCGCCGUCUCGUGCACCCUCGCCCCGCCCUCGCCUUCACACAACGCGAGACGAGCGAGGGGACAUCUCGUGACGGCCAGGAACAACGUCGUCAGGGUGUACGAGGUCGUAGAGCAUGCCAGCGCGGCAGAGCAGACACUCCCCACCUCGUCCUCCUCCUCGCGCCGCUUCACCCUCUCGCACCUCGUCACCCGCCGCCUGCCCGGCACCGUCACCGCCAUCGAAGCAGUCAAGACCCUCUCGACCAAGCGAGACGGGUGCGAGAGGUUGUUGGUCGCGUUCGAGUAUGCAAAGAUGUCGCUGAUGGAGUGGAGCGAAGAGGCGCACGACUUGGUGCCCGUCUCGCUCCACACGUUCGAAAAGCUGCCCCAGGUGGACGAAUCUCGACCGACGCUGCUCGCCGUCGACCCGACCCCGCCCAUCUCGCAGACCUCGAACUCGUCGACCUCCCUCACCCGCCUCGCAGCCCUCCUCCUGCCCACCAACACCGGCGGCGACGGCACGCUCGCCCUCCUCCCCUUCUUCGGCGAAGAACUCGACUGGGAAGGACUGGGUCUGCAGGACGCGCGCGACUCGGAAGAACUGGGCAUUCCCUACGCUCCUUCGCACCUCCUCCCGCUCGCUGCUUUGACCGCCUCGUCGACGCACGCGACGUCCUCACUGACAUCCGCCGCGCGUUCCUCGACCCUCCCAUCCGCCUCGACAUCAAUCGCCUCGAACGCCUUCACAACCGGCUCGACUUCUCCCCCUCCGAUCCGCAACGUCGCGAGCAUGUCGUUUCUCCCCGGUUUCACCGAACCCACUCUCGCGAUCUUGUACGCGCCCGAACAGUCCUGGGCCGGCAGGGUCGAGCACUUGCAGACGAACUUCUUGGUGUCCCUCGUGACGCUCUCACCCGCCCUCAAGCGCGAUCCGGCGGAGAACGGAACGGACGAGGAACCGCCGACGAGGGCGGUGGUGAUCUCGACCUCGCCCUCACUCCCUUACACCGCCCUCUCUCUCCACCCGACGCCGUACCCCUCUGCUCUCCCACUCGGCGGCACGCUCGUCCUCACAGCCAACUCGAUCCUGCACGUCGACCAGUCCGGACGGAUCGUAGGCGUCAAAGCGAACCACUGGGCUGCGAGGGACUGGCCUGCUGGACCUACUGCGCGCAAACCCGCAGGAAUGGAAGACGAAGCGCGGUUGGACCCCUCCCUGGGCGAGAAGGGCGAGGGAUUGGAAGGCGCGACAAUCGAGUUCCUCUCCCCCGUCUCGCCCGCCUCGGACGCCGAAGAGGUCCCCCGCGCACUCGUAUGGUGCAGGUCCGGCGCAGUCCUCGAGCUCUCGUUCACCCUCACAGGCCGAGCGGUCUCGGCUCUCAAGUUGGAGAAAAUAGCAGAGGCGGGUCUGGUAGCGGGUGGGGGAUCGAGUGUCUUGCGCCGACUAGAAGGUGGUGGAGAAGGAGAGGGGAGGGAGGGAGCGGUGUUCGUCGGGAGCGAGACGGGGAGUAGUGCGGUUGUGAGAUGGACGAGGGGCGGCGGGACGUACAGGCGGGAGCAGGUGGUGGAGAAGAGGGAGGAGGAGGAGCGCGGUGGUGCGGUCGAUGGGAUGGAGCUUGAGGAUGAGGAUGACAUCUACGGCGACUCGACCUCCUCCGCCCCGCCCGCACAAACACCCUUCAGCCUCCCCUCCUUCCGCAAACUCGCCCCCUCCGCCUCCUCCUCCUCGCCAAGCGUGACCGCGACAGACGACCUAAUACGACUCGAGGUGUGCGAUACGGUGCCAGGGUAUGGGGCUGUGAGGGGCUUGGUGAGCGGGUUGGUGGAUGAUGAGUCUCCCGCCGAGAUCGUUGCCGCAACUGGAGCGGGCAAGACCGCUGGCCUGACCAUCUUCCGCCGCCAAAUCUACCCAACCUCGCGCCGUGCCCUGCACCUCCCAUCCACCGCCGCUCCUCCUACCGAUCCUUCACUCGAACCAGCUGCGUUCGUCCCGACCGUCGGACUGUGCAGGCUCAAGCUUGCGCCGAGGGCGAUGAGUGAGGCCGAGGGGACGGAGGAGGUGUGGGUGGGAAGUGACAAGGAGAGGACUUUGUUCUACCGACCAUUCCCCGGCUCGACGCCCGCCACGACCGCCGCCCUGCAGCUCGUCCAUGAAGAGCCGGACGUCUCGACUCUCGCGGCCUUCGCGAUGGCAGGCGGGCAGGUGGUCGUCACCGUUUCGCGCGAAGCGAUCAAUAUUUACGACCAGGACCUGAACGCGUUGCAGAACCUCGCCUUGCCUGUCCCGCUCCACGCCGUCGCGCACCACCCGCAUGUCACCUCGACCUCCUCUUACCUCGUCAUCCACGCCCCUUCGACCGCAACCGGCGGCGCACGAGCCCGCACAACACCGCUCAUCUACCACCUCGACCCCUCGACUCUGCAGCUCCUCCCGCUCGACUCGGUCCUCCCUUCGACCGAAGCGGACGACACCCGACUCGGCAAGCGCGCCGCAGUCUUCCGCGACGAGCUGGAUCUUGUUCCCCACGCGCGGCCGGCGGCGAAGAAGGCGAAGAAGCAGGUGAACGGAGGAGGCGUCAUCGCGCUCGACGCGAUGGAAGAGGACGAGGAGGACCUGUACGGCGGCUCGGGCAAGGUGGAUGCGAAGGCGAAUGGCGUGAACGGGACGAGCGAGGCGGCGCCAGGCGGGGAGGUCGAGAAGGACCGGAUUGUGCGGCCGCAGGAGAUGGGCGGCGAGGCGCAGGACCGGUGGGAGUGGCUCGCUGAGGUGGACGCGAAGGGCGACUUGAGGAUCCGCCUCCUGCCCUCCGGCACCGAGAUCUUUGCGUCGUCCGCCGUCACCCUCCUUCCCGAGGUCAUCGAGGACGGCGUUGAGGACCGCGUGAUUGCCGAGAACAUCGACCAGGACGACGUCAAGGUCGAGCGUGUCUUUGUUGCGAACGUCGGGCGGAAGGGGCGCGAGAAGGUCCACCUUAUGAUCCUGCUGACGAGCGGCCAGCUCGCCGUCUACGAAGCGUUCCCUUCCUUCUCCGCCGUUCCCGACUCAGUCGCGCCUACCUCGGACGCUUCCGCUCCUCCACCUCCCCGACUCGCCGCCCGCUUCGUCAAGACCCUCGUUCGACACCUUCCCUCCGCCCCUCUGCGACGAAAGGGCGCCGCAGCCGCCUCCGACCUCCCUUCGCCUCGGCGAGACUGCCUCCCGUUCUCCAGCAUCGGCGGACACGCAGGCGUGUUCCUCUCGGGCGAAGAGGCGUUCUGGGUGCUCAAGGGUGACCAUGGUCCGGCGCGAUGCUUCGAGAGUUCGGACCGGGGUGUCUACGGCAUCGUCGAGCUUGGCGGCGGACAGCAGCGGGACGAGCGUGGCGGACCGGUCGAGGGUGACGAGCUGGCGAUGCAGACUCGCGAGGGCCUCUCGAUUGCACGACUACCGCCCGCCCUCUCGCUCGACACCGUCAUCCCAUACACGCACAUCCCGAAGGACCGCGUCUACGGCCACCUCGCCUUUGACCUUGACUCGGGCACGUACGUUGGCGCGACGCUGCACAAGACCCGCUUCGUCGCUUUCGACGAGGAGGGCAACCCGUUGUGGAAGGAGCAGGCUCCCGAGCUGCUCGAGCCCAUGAACUACCGCUCGACGCUCGAGCUCCUCGUUCCUGGUUCUUGGCAGGCGAUCCACGGCUACGAGUUCCGCCAAAAUGAGUUCGUCACCUCGAUGAAGUCGGUCAGCCUCGCUUCGAAGAGCACGCGCACCGGCACUCGCGACUUUAUCGCCGUCGGCACCGCCAUCCACCGAGCAGAAGACCUGGCGACGCGGGGCGGCAUCUACGUCUUCGAGGUCGUCCAGAUCAUCCCGCAUCCCGCCACGCCUCACCUCGACCAUCAGCUUCGCCUCCUCUUCUUCGAAGACGCCAAGGCGGCCGUCAACAACGUCUGCGACCUGAACGGCUACCUUUUCCUCUCAAUGGGCCAGAAGUUGUACGCUCGUGCGUUCGAGCAGGACGAGUUCCUCCUCGCUGUCGGCUUCCUAGACGUUGGCGUGCACGUCACGAGCUUGACGGCGCUCAAGAACUUCCUCCUCAUCGGCGACGAGCAGCAGAGCAUCUCGCUCGUCGCGUUCCAGGAGGACCCGUACAAACUCGUCAUGCUCGGCCGCGACUACCGCCCGUCCCGCGUCGAAGGCUCGAACUUUAUCGUCAACGAGGGCAAGGUCGCGUUCGUCUCCAACGACGACAAGGGUGUCCUGCGUCUCUUCGAGUACGACCCAACGAACAUCGCCUCGCACGCCGGUCAACGCUUGAUGUGCCGGACAGAGUAUCACGCUGGCGCGGAAUCGAUCGCCUCGACGCUCUUUGCCAAGCACUUGCCCAACGAAGACGCGAAGCAGAGCGGCAUCCUCUACGGUGGGCUCGACGGCUCGCUCUUUACCCUCGUCCCGGUCCGCGACGCCGUCUUCCGCCGCCUCCAGUCGCUGCAGGCUCUGAUGUCGCGGCAUGUCCUCCACUUUGGCGGCCUCAACCCUCGAGCGUACCGCAUCGUCAAGAACGACACGGUCUCGCGCGCAAUCGUCAAGGGCAUCCUCGACGGCGAUCUCCUCGCGGCUUUCGAGAUGCUCCCGCUCGAGCGGCAAGUCGAGCUUGCUGAGGCGGUCGGUACGGACGCCGACACGGUUCUCGCAAACUUGCGGAACCUGAGGGGAUUCGAGUAG